AAUGGCAGGGUUGCGUUCCAGAAUAAGUCCCAUUACGCUGUUGCUUUCGAUACUUUCGAUACAUUCGAUACUUUUGCUUCAAAGUUGUCGGGCGGAAAAACCCUACAGCGUGGAGCUAAACACCUUUACGAUGGACGAAGCCAUCGAAAAUCAGGAAAACUGGGUGGACUGGGGAACGCUGAGUAUGAAAAAGGUCUCACGAAAUAAAUUUGUGGUGAACGGCGACUUUGAAUUCAAGCUCAAUAUGGCCGAUGAGCAGAAGAUUCUUCUGAUGGUUUACGUCUACGAUUCCAAUGCCAAUCAGCGGGGUUCCAUGGUAAUGGCUCUUAAGAAACCAUUUUGUCAGUUCAUCAAAGAAGAUGAGGACUCGUAUCCAAGCAUACAAAAGGCAUCCAAUUUACCGGAUCAGGAUACCUGCCCAUUUCCGAAAGGCAAAUAUACCAUCGAUAAUUACGAAAUGGAGACCAAUUUUCUGCCGGACAAUGCACCCAAAGGCGACUAUCUGCUGCAGUUAUCCUUGUUGGAUAAUGAGGUUCCAGUGGCUGGGCUUGUGUCUACUGUUACCCUCAGUUAAGGGCAUCUGAAGUGUUCUUUGGUUUUCUAUUUUUUUUUUAUAUUUAGUGAUGUUCCGGGUGGAUCCAUAUGACACGACAAGCGUUCUUCUUCAUACUUAUGUUUACUUUUACCUCGAAAAUCAAUAUAAUAACUUCACUUUCAAAG